AUGAUUCGCCUAACCCCGCGGGUCAAGCGUUCCCCGGCACCGUACGAGCAUCCGGGGGCAAGUGCGUGCGGAGUGACGUCCAGAGCGGACGGUAGUCUGCGCACGCGUCGCUGCCUGACGGCCCAUCACUCGGCCCGACGUGAACUGACCGGUGCCUUUGAUGUGCACGACGCGCCAGCGGGGCCCAGGUCUAAUGAGCCGCCAACGCUCCGA